AACGAGGCGCCCGUGUGAUUGGCCGCCGCAGACUCCUAGAGUAGCAUUGCGCACGCGCGCCUCUUCGCGCGCGACUGGUGCUCGUGGGUGUAUGUUGCUCGCCAGCUUCCGUCGUCUCCGCGGCACCCCAGCUUCUCAUCCAGAGUGCUCGUUCCCGGAGCUCGGAAUGUUCCCGGAACUCAAUAACCUUCUCAACAUUACCCCCGACAGGGCGGAGCAGGGGAAACUGACUCUACUCUGUGAUGCCAAGACAGAUGGCAGUUUCCUUGUGCACCACUUUCUCUCCUUCUACCUCAAAGCUAAUUGUAAAGUCUGCUUUGUGGCACUCAUCCAGUCCUUCAGCCACUACAACAUCGUGGGACAGAAGCUGGGUGUCAGCCUGACCUUGGCUCGGGAACGUGGACAGCUUGUGUUCCUUGAGGGUCUCAAGUCCUCAAUGGAUGUCUUCUUCCAGGCUAAUGAGGAGCCACACCCCCUGCAGUUUCUCAGGGAGGCCAACCCUGGGAACCUGCAACCAUUGUUUGAGUUUGUGAGGGAGGCCCUGAAGCCUGUGGACAAUGGAGAGGCUGUGUGGAAGUGCCCAGUGCUGCUGGUGGACGAUCUCAGUUUGCUCCUGAGCCUGGGCGUGGGGGCAGUGGCUGUGCUGGACUUUGUUCACUACUGCAGAGCCACCGUGUGCUGGGAACUAAAGGGCAACAUGGUGGUCCUUGUGCAUGACAGUGGAGAUGCUAAGGACGAGGAGAAUGACAUCCUGCUGAAUGGUCUCAGUCAUCAGAGCCACCUGAUCCUGCGGACUGAGGGCCUGGCCACUGGAUUCUGCAGGGACGUGCAUGGGCAGCUGAGGAUCCUGUGGAGGAGGCCAUCACAGCCCACAGCCCAGCGGGAUCGGAGCCUCACUUACCAGUAUAAGAUACAGGACAAGAGUGUGUCCUUUUUCGCCAAAGGAAUGUCUCCUGCUGUUCUGUGACCUGAUUUAGGGGAGCUGAAACUACCUUGGACUGUUUUUGUAUGUGGAAGAUAAAGCAGCCUAGCAGGAAUGGGUCUUUACAUCUUCGUAGUAGUAUUUCAGGCUGGACUGGCAGCUCUGCUGUGACUCAGGGAGAGUUGAAUGGUGCAACGAUGGUAGGCCUUGGCUCACCUGGGCCCUGUUCAGAAACAAUGAGGCACGCACGCCCCUGCCUCUGCCGAGGGAGAGGCUGGAUGUUGAACCCCAGCAAAAGGGGUCCUUAGGAGCCUUCAUAUAAAUUACACUUUUGCCCCAACUGCCCAUUUUUGGUUAUUGUGCCUUUUAGAGCGAGAGUGGGUGUGAAUAUGCCAGCCAGGAGAUAGUCCUGGAUGGCAGGCGUCCAGGGUGAUAACUAGAAUAAUCAUGGCUGGAAUAAAGUAUUAAGUUCCCACA